AAUGCUUGUGAUGACCUCACAUCAAUGGCGGACUGCUUUUGAAAUUUGCAGGAAAAACAAACAUCAGAUAAGGAAAGACUGACAUGGCAGAAAGAAUGGCAGAAAUGGAGGAAGACAUAGGAGAUGUUCCAGCCGGAGAGGACGACAAUGACUCAGACAGAGAUGAAGAUGACAGAUUGUUUGCUUGGAUGGUAAAUGACGAUAUGGAUGAGGACGAGGAAGAUGAGGAGGUGGAGGAUGAGCAGCCAUUGGACACCGAGGCAUCUGAAUCAUUUGAGCUGGACACCCCGGCAGAGCGCAGUGGUCACAUCGCAGUGGUUGAUAGAAACAUUAUGUAUGUGUGGGGUGGCUACAAGAAUGCUCAAAACCAUGGGUUCUUUGACUUGUACCUGCCAAGAAAUGAGAUCUGGACAUACAACAUGGAAUCAGGAGUGUGGACAAAGCAUGUAGCUGGUGGUAACCUGCACACUUCAAUGUCAGGUAGCUGCGGGGUGUGUGUUGAUGGCGUCCUUUACCUUUUUGGAGGUCAUCACGCCAGGGGAAACACGAACAGGAUCUAUCGCCUGCCCCUGAGAGCUCCCAGCCUCGUGUGGGAGGAAAUGAGGGAUCUUAAAGGUCUUCCUCCGUCGUGCAAGGACAAGCUAGGUUGCUGGGUUCAGAAGAACAGACUAAUAUUCUUCGGAGGCUAUGGAUACCCUGCACAGGGAUCCCAUCGAGGGACUUUUGAAUUUGAUGAAUCGUCUUCUCUUGUGUGGGACAGCCCUGGGCGAGGCUGGAACAACCACAUCCACAUCCUGGACCUGGAGACAUCAACAUGGAGUCAGCCCAUCACCACGGGGGACACCCCAUCACCGAGAGCAGCUCAUGCCUGUGCUACAGUUGGCAACAGAGGCUACGUGUUUGGGGGACGAUACAAGAACUUCCGACUUAACGACUUGUACUACAUUGACCUGGAUACAUGGGAGUGGCAUGAAAUGAGUGUUCCCCAGCACGGUCCUGUGGGCCGGUCUUGGCACUCCUUCUCUCCUGUGUCACCAGAGCACAUCUUCUUAUUUGGAGGUUUCACCACAGAGAAAGAAACACUGAGUGACGCUUGGCUGUAUUGUGUGAGCAAAAAUGAAUGGAAGCCUUUCAAACACAGUCACACAGGAAGCCCGAGGCUGUGGCACACGGCGUGCUCUGGUCCUGAUGGAGAGGUGUUUGUGUUUGGAGGGUGUGCCAACAACCUGUUGUCUCAUCACAGAGCUGCUCACAGUAAUGAGUUGCUGGUUUUCAACGUUCAGCCCAAAUCAUUAGUUCGGUUCUGUAUGGAGACUGUUCUACAGCACAGAGAGCGUUUGUCUAGCUACUGGGACUGCUUGCCUAAACACCUCCUGCACAGCCUCAAACAGAGAAUGGCACGAGUCAACACACUGGGCUCCUAGAAUCAGAGGAGGCCAGUCAUAAUCAUCUAGUCCGGAGUAUUACAGGACAAAAUAUGUGUAUGUGUGUGUGUGUGUAUGUAUGUAUGGAAGACAUGAGUGUUUCUUUCAAAGCAGGUAGUCCUUUUAGAGCAUUAGUUUGAUGUGUGUGGACACUUGUGUACAUAAAAAAAAAAAAAAAAUCUCUAAGCAAUAGUGAACAGCUGUGGUCGUGAUAGACACAAUAAGGUUCACAGGCGAUCCUCAGAGCUGUUUGUGACCUUUUUAGGUUUAAUAUCUCCUAAUUCUUUCAUGGCCAGUAGAACCUUUGGUGGAGUAGCAGUGGGGGGUGAUGCUCAGACUGUUGUUAGGUUGGUAGAUACAAGAGAGCAAAGCCCUGCACUACUUUUGGUUUAGUUUCUGUUUUAAGCUUUCUUUGCUCACUUUCAUUUUCAGAGGGACUUCUUUCAUCACUCCUUCUGUGAAGCUGAAAUACCAUAGCAUGGGUUUCUGUCCAUGCUACAACACUUACUACUGUACAGAAUUGUAUUUUUUUCCCCAACUACAGCUAUAAUGACAUGGAUCGUCUGUUAAAAUUGGAUGUUUUAUGUGUAGUUGCAGAUACCUAUUUAGCCAAAUGGGUAGAAAAUAUGGAGAGAAACCGCCACUCAUGUUUCAGCUUUUCAGGGAGAGCACAAAAGAAACAGAAAAUGCAUUGUGUGAUUAAAGGUAGUGGAAAAAAAUUGAAUUCAGAAAGGCUGCAGACUUCAGUUCAACUUUUUAGCAGCUUUCUCUUCAAGAUUAUGCUUCAUCCUGCAGGUUUAUCAGAGAGUGCAACGGAUUGUUCUGAUUUUUUUUUUUUUUAAAGAACGCAUGAUGUUAAACACAGAUGGUAAUUUUAACUGAUCUUCCUCAAAAACCAGCACAAAGUGUCACCAUUGUCUCAACACUAAGUACAGUGGUGCAAAAUCCAAAGUGGACUGAAGCAGGUUCGUUUAACUGCAGCAUUUAUAUGUUGUUUUGUUCGAUUACUAGAACUAAUCCUUGAGGUGAUCUCAAAUACAGAUGUUUGCUUGAUCUUGGGUGAUUUAAGUUGUCACAGACCUAAAACUAGUGCUUUAAGCUACACAAGACUAUCUACUCUGGAGCCACAGAAAUGUUAAUUUUAGUUUUAAUUUGUAUAUAUAGUUAUUUAUAUAUUUGUGAGGAAAUGUGUGGGUUCUGUGUUCUCAAAAAGGCUUUCACAGCCUAUAAAUUGUCACAAGUGGCUCCUGUAGCACUUGAAUUUUAUUUAAUCAAUAACUUAAAAUACUGCGAGUGUAUUGGAUGUUGAGCCACGUUGCACUGAAAUGCCUCAUGUCAGUAGGGCUUUGUUUGUACUUGCCUGGUUUGCACAAAGUUCCCUUGAUGUUUUUUUUUUUUUUUUAUAGGAUAUGAUGCAAACGGUUACUGCAAUGCAUAAUUUGUACUCAAAAAAUAAAUGCAUACAAUAA